CCUGUUGUGAUGGUUGCGUGCUCAAUCUGCAAGCAGCAGAUCCGUAUGAUUAAGAAAAACGAGCAGGCUCGCGUCCAUGUGGACAGCAAGCACUCUGGAAAGAAGUUCGAGGAGUGUUUCCCUGGCUACACCUGCGGAUGAACAGUUCCAACUUCAAAGGAAAUGAAUUGAUUAAAAUCUGUUUCAAAAUUGCUGCAACCACGUUUUUUUUUGUCACGUGGUGUUAUUUUUUCUCUUGGUGAGGAUGGCAAAGGAAUUUUCGGAAUUUAGUCCGUCGAAACUUUCAAUUCUUUUUCUCACAUUUUAUUCUCUAAUUACCUUACUCCAAACUUAAUCUGUAUUUGCCAUACUCGCCAAAUAACAAUCUAAUUGCAGAAAAAUGAGCAGUCCUCAGCUGCUACCAGGCCGCCAAAGAGGCCUUGAAAAAGAAGUAAUUAUAAGACGGAUAUAAACUAAAAAUUAAGAAUAUUAUGGUUCCUAUUAGUAUGAAUAAAUCGCGUUUGUAGAUUCCUAUUUCUAUAUUUGUGCUCAAAGGGAGACGUAAUAUAAAGUAACAUAUCAAUUAAUAGAGUGGCAUGUCCGAUUCACAACGGUACACUUAAAAUCUACGUGGGAAAAAGAAUGAACUUUUAAUUUAUAAGUAGAUUUUUUUUUUUACAAAAUUGGCCUGCGGAAUUCUACUCAGAAACAAUGGAGUAGGAUAUUGUCGGAAUUCAAUACUUAUAAGCUAGAAAAGCGACGAUAUUUUCAACAUAAUUUAUCAGACAAAUGUCAAAGGUAUCCUUGUGAAUCGGGCAUGUCCCUGAUUUAAAGAAUAUUGACUUGAAUUUACAAUUUCCCUUUUACUUUCAUCAAUGUCUGGGAAUCUACUUUAAUGACCUCCACGUGUAUUAUUAAAUUCUGAAUACGAUCCUAACCUUGUGUUUAUGUUUACAUGAAUAACCGGUUUACACUUCAGACCAAAGAUGCCUGCAUCCAAGAAGGAUUUGAAGAAACUGAAGCAGAAGCAGAAUGUUGCCAACGGGAUUGGGGAUGAGAAGGGGAAGUUGCCUUCAAAUAACAAGGACCCUGUUGUGAUGGUAGCUUGUACGAUUUGUAAACAGCAGAUCCGUAUGAUCAAGAAGAACGAGCAGGCUCGUGUGCACGUGGACAGCAAACACUCCGGCAAACCCUUCGCCGAAUGUUUCCCCGGCUACACCUGCGGAUAAACACCAGGACCGGUCAAAGGGUUGUGCUGGAGGAGCGGCACUUGUUCUGCCGAAAAAAAAACUCGGCAAUCAUGUUUGCAUUGACUUGUCUAUUGUUAAAAUGCAUCCUGACCUUAUUAUUCAAUCAAUAUUAUUUUACCGAUAUAUUUACCCUGAUGCCUUUCUUUCUUUCUGACCCCUUACAUAAAGUAAUUUCAGAAAGAUGAAAUUUGAUCUAUGGAUAAAGGAUAUGGAACUACCGAAUAAGGCUUAAUUUUUUUCCUGUUAAUUGCUCUGAUUUCGGAUCAAGUGAUUUUGACAGAACUGGCUAUUCCAACAUAACAUCUGCAGCAGCGGGAUAUAUUAUUUUAAACAAUAAAAUAUUUUGAAUAAAACUUCAAAUAUUAAGUCUUUUUAAACAUUUUCAGAAUUAUGUCUCGAAGAUGCAAAGAAUGCGGGUCCACCGAUAUUGAGAUUGAUUCGACAAGAGCUGAUGCGGUGUGUACAAACUGUGGAGCUGUCCUGGAAUCUAGUAUCAUAGUCUCAGAUAUACAAUUUGAGGAAAAUGCACAUGGUGGCUCCUCGGCUAUCGGCACUUUCGUAUCUUCAGAGUCAAAAGGCGGAAAAAAUAUCGGCGGAACAUUUACCGCCGGUAUUGGACGGGAAUCGCGGGAGAUAACUUUAAAAAAUGCGCGGAAGAAGAUUGUAAAUCUGGCAGAGCAGCUUCGGUUACGUCCUGAUCAUAUUGAUAUGGCAUUCUACUUCUUCAAGUUAGCACUGUCAAAACAUUUAACAAGGGGACGAAAGUCCAGUCACGUGAUUGCUGCUUGUGUGUACAUCACCUGCAGAACGGAAGGAACAUCUCACAUGCUAAUCGACUUCAGCGACAUCUUGCAGAUUGACGUUUAUGAGCUCGGCAGAACUUAUCUUAGACUCUCCCAGGCUUUAUGCAUCAAUAUUCCAGCAAUGGAUCCUUGUCUCUACGUAAUGAGAUUUGCUCACAGGUUAGAUUUCGGAGAGAAAACUCACGAGGUGUCCAUGACAGCUCUCAGAUUAGUUUCACGAAUGAAAAAAGAUUGGAUCCAUUUUGGACGAAGACCCUCAGGACUCUGCGGGGCUGCACUCUUAAUAGCAGGUCGACUUCACGAAUUUAACAGAACCAUAAAUGACGUCAUAAAGGUAGUAAAAGUACAUGAGAGUACACUACGGAAGAGAUUAAAUGAGUUCGGAGAAACUCCGGCUUCUCAACUCACUCUAGAGGAAUUUAUGACAGUAGAUCUUGAUGCAAUGACAGAGGAACAGGAUCCACCCAGCUUUAAGGCAGCGAGGAAAAAGGAUAGAGAGAGGUUGGCUAGACUGGAGGACGAGGACCUACUGGAGAAGGAGAUGAGUAGCCUCGAGGCCGAGAUAGAGAAGGAGCUGGAGGAGAGAAAAGGGAAAUUAAAGGGGUCGCUUGCUAAACUCAGCAGACGGCCUUCUUCGUCAGAUGAAAACUCACAAAGUCCAUCUGCAUCAGAUACAGAUGAGAAUCUAGAAGAAGUGGAAACUGCGCGGUUUAUCGGUGAAGAAACCCUUGGAAUCAUCUCACAAUGUUUAGAUGGAACUCAGAUACAAGAACUGUCUUCCAAGGAGCAGUUAGAUUAUCUGUUAAUGCCUCCCCCUACAAGUACUCCAGUCCGUCAUAUUAUCUCCCCUGCUAGAGUCAGUGUAAACUCCCCUGGUAUGGGACUCCGGAACUCCGUGGAGGAUUAUCUGACCAACUCUAAGGAGGAUAGCAGAGAGGAUGAAGAUGGGAAGGGGGAUGAGGAUGAGGAACUGGAUUUGACUGGUAUAGAUGAAGAUGAAAUAGAUUCUUAUAUAAUGACCGGAGCUGAGAUAAGACUGAAAACUAAACGCUGGCUUCAGUUGAACGCUGAAUACCUACUGGAGCAAGAAGAGAAGAUUAAACGGGAGAAGAUAGAAAGAGAAGAAUUAAUCAAGGCCGGUAAGGACCCGGACAAGAAGAGGAAGAUGAAGAAGAAGAUCAAGAUGAAUCAUCAGUCCAACGGGUCCGCCAUAGAGGCUAUAGAGAAAAUUGUCCAGGAGAAGAAAAUAUCAACCAAAAUCAACUAUGAUGUAUUACGAAGUUUAAACAUGAGUCCUGGAACAAAACUUGGAUCGGAACUAGAUGAUACUAGCAAGCAAACCAAUGAAAAUGGACAGAUAAAUCUUGGUGAGGAAAGACCCUCCCCUGAUCCUACUCCCUCCCAACCCAAAAAGAUCAAGCUUGAAGAAGCCCCAAGAUCAAUUCCAAAGAUAAAACCCAAUCUGGGGGCGCGAAGCGCUAAGAAUAGAACUACACCCGGAGAAACACCGGGCAAAACAAAUGAUAAGAAAAGUGAUUUGAAACCUAAGAGAUUAGUGAAUUUCGGAGAUUUUGUUGGAUCUAGGUCUAAUAAACCUAGCUCAGAUGUAAGUACAAGCCAAACUAGUCAAUCCAAGAAUCAUGAUCCCAAAUCCUCCGCAUCAAGCCAACCAACCACCCCUGUCCUUAGUUCAAAUCAACCAUCCGCCCCUGUCAUUUAUACAAAGCAAACGGCGGAGAGUUCACUGCCUAUAGUUAUAGAAGAUCUUAAUGAGGAGAAUAAAAGCACAGAGACAGAGGCUGAAGAUUAUGAGGACGAAGAUGACGAAGAUGACGAAGAUGACGAAGAGGAAGAAGAGGAUGAAGGAGCUGGAGAGCUCUCUGCAGCUCAGCUACUUAUGCAACAUAUGGGAGGAGGAGGAGGAGGGGAGUUAUAUCCUGAAGAAGAAGAUUAUUAUUGAAGAAACAACUUAGAAGAAGGAAUGAUUUAAUGGAUUUUAUUUAAAAGAAAACUAAUUUAGAUAUUUAUAUUAAAAAUUAACGUACAGAGAGUAACCGGUUUUGUCAACCUUUUUUCAUUCAUUUUUCCCCAUUUUCAGUGUUUUCAUUGAUUUUCUUCUUUUGAAGUUCAAGUUUUAUAUUCCUCCUUAUGAUGCAUUUCUCUUGUUGUAUAGAUAUAAAUUUAUAUUAGAAAAUUAAAAGUUUUUGUAAUUUUGAUGAACAACGUUUUCUAUGCGAGUUAGGACAAAUAUAAAAGAUAUGAAGGGUUUAAACGAUUUCUUAUUUGUAAUAAAUUUAUGUUCCAUUUCUCAGUAUUUUCAAUUUACAUAAUCCACAAUAUUAUUUAUUGAUGUGUACAAACUUAACAUUUAGGCUCUAUUUUCAACUAGUUUAGAAGAUCCGUAUUACAUUUAGUUUUACCAAAGCUGAACUUGUAAAAUAACAUCAAAUUAUUGUGAUAAGAUUGUUCUAACAAAUCAAUUCUCACCAUGGUUAAUGUUAUCAUAUGUAUUGCACCCCUUUUAUAUGCAUUAAUCACGGAUUUUGUUUGUAUAUCUAGAAUAAUGCUCGACUCUAAAAACGUUAUUUUCGGAUCACAUUAAUUAAGUAACCUCUGUGCACGUUAUUAACUUUGUCUGCGUGAUACUUCUUUGUGAUAAUCCUGCCACUGUGUCGGCGAAUUAAAUUUAUUAAAUAAAUCAUCACUUAUUAUUGUUUCAAUCACAG